AUGUGGGAGGCAAGGCCACCCGUCGAUGCGACCUGCUACCAAGCGUCCGCUGAGCUCUCCGGCUUCGGCUCGCACGUCGCCUCCGAGGCGGUGCUGGGCGCGCUGCCUGUCGGCCAAAACUCGCCGCAGCAGCCUCCGCUGGGCCUCUACGCCGAGCAGCUUUCGGGCACCGCCUUCACGGCGCCACGCGCGACCAACCAGCGCUCGUGGCUCUACCGGAUUGCGCCAUCCGUGGGCGGCAGCGCCUCGGAGCCGCUGCCCAGCCGGCUGCAGGCCGACUUCUCCGACGCCGCGGCCGUCGCCGCGCCCGAUCCGCACCGCUGGCGGCCGCUCCCGCUGCCGACUGGCGCGCCAGUCACCUUUGUGGAGGGUCUGGUGACCAUGUGCGGCGCGGGCGGGCCUGCGCUCAAGGAGGGCGUCGCGAUCCACCUCUACUCGUGCAACGCGCCCAUGCUCGACACCGCCUUCUCCAACUCGGACGGAGACCUCCUCCUCGUGCCGCAGGCGGGCGCGCUGCACGUGGUCACAGAGUUCGGACGGAUGAGCGUCGAGCCGCGCGAGGUGUGCGUCGUCCCGCGCGGCGUCCGCUUCGCCGCGAGCCCCGCCGCCGGGUCGUCCGGCGCGCGUGGCUACGUACUCGAGACCUUCGGGCCCCACUUUCGCCUUCCGGAGCUCGGCCCGAUUGGGGCAAACGGGCUCGCCGAGCCCCGCGACUUUGUGUACCCGCACGCGUGGUACGAGGACCGGACGUGCGACUUCACCGUCGUCACCAAGCUGCUCGGCCGCCUCUACGCCACCAAGCGCACCCACUCCGUCUUCGACGUCGUCGGAUGGCACGGCAACUACGCGCCGUACAAGUACGACUUGCGCCGCUUCCACGCCGUCAACACGGUAUCGGUGGACCACCCCGACCCGUCCAUCUUCACCGUGCUCACCGUACCGACCAACGAGCCUGGCGUCGCCGCCGCCGACUUUGUCAUCUUCCCGCCCCGCUGGCUCUGCGCCGAGGGCACCUUCCGGCCGCCCUACUUCCACCGCAACUGCAUGUCCGAGUUCAUGGGGCUCAUCGACGGGGUCUACGACGCAAAGAAGGGCGGCAAGGGCGGGUUCGAGCCGGGCGGCUGCUCCUACCACGGGGCAGGCACGCCGCACGGGCCGGACGCAGCGGCGGUGGCCUCGGCUUCCCAGGCCGACACCUCGCGGCCCACAAAGUUCGACGGCGGCCUCGCCUUCAUGUUCGAGACGUCGGCGCUGCUGCGCCUCACGCCGUUCGCCGCCGACCCGUCCAACGGAAUGCUCGACACCGACUACGGCGCGUGCUGGGAGGGGCUGCCGCGACUCUUCUCGUCUGCGGGCGUGGCCAACGGCAGCAACGGCAAGUAAAGCGGCUCGCUCGCAUGAUCGUGGAAUUAGGUCAUAGUACUUAGCUCAUUCCAUGACCCCUCACUUGAAUCCUCCGCCGGGCACCCCAACUCAGAACUCACAUGAUCCCCAGAUAAUACUCGCACAAUUAUGAUCUCCUAUCCCCCUCAACACUACGCUCCGAAUCUCAACUCUGUACAGUAGACGGGGCAGUCUCGUCUUUUUCGCGCGCCAUGUACGAUAUCAUGGCCCAUUCACAA